CAGUGAAAAUCUGCCCCACACCUAAAACUCGGAGCUUGCGAAUACGACUCUCCGAGGCCUCGGCGUGUGGAGACCAGGGACUCCAGUCCCGAGGAAAGUGAAAGGCGCUUCCGCCAUUUCCUCGUAAUUGUAGAAGAAACUGCGGGGGGAGAGGACAGGUUAGUCCUGUAUGACCUGCGGAGAAGCCCACGUGACGAGCACACACCUGUAGGCUCGUCUUUCUCUGCUCCUUGGGCGCGCGGUCCGGAGGAUCCGGCAGCGCGCCUAGUGUGUGUUGUUGGCCGUCGUCACAUCACCGUCGCCUCUGUUUGCAUCGGGAUCGGACGGUUCAUCGCACGAGUUGCAUGUGUGUCUUUUAAGAGGGUGAGUGCCAGCUGGAUUUCGAGAUGCCGAGCAACAAACCCAGCCUCCCGCCGUACCAGCCAAAUGGUAACAAACACCAUAGCAGCAGACAUAGGCACAGUGAGCUCAUGUCCAACCCAGCCUUUUCCUACUACCCAUCCGAGAAAAUGCUUCACUUCUAUCGCUGGACUUCACCACCGGGUGUGAUGAAGAUAUUGUGUAUCAUCGUCAUCAUCAUGUGUGUGGCUGUGUUUGCCUGUGUGGCCUCCACACUGGCCUGGGACUACGAUAUGAGCCUCAUGGGUCUGGGAGGUGGAGCUGGCUUGGUACCUGGUUAUGGUGGUUCAUACGGCGGCUCAUACGGUGGCUCAUACGGCAGCAGUUAUGGCGGCUCAUAUGGAGGUGGCACUGGCGUUGGCGGUUCCUAUGGCUAUGGAGGAGCACAGAUGGAUCCCAGAGCUGGCAAAGGCUUCAUCAUCGCCAUUUCAGCCAUUACCUUUAUAGCUGUGCUCAUCAUAUUUGUGUUGGUUGUUUCGAGGCAAAAUGCUGCCCGCUCGUCAAAGUUCUAUCUAGCAACCAUCAUCAUCUGUGCCAUCUUAGCAUUUCUGAUGGUCAUUGCCACUAUUGUGUACCUGGUGGCAGUGAACCCAACAGCUCAGUCCACGGGGUCUGUCUACUACAGCCAGGUCCGCCAGCUGUGUUCCCAGUACCAGACACAGACCCAGGCUCAGGGCAUCUUCCUCAACCAAUACCUAUACCAUUACUGUGUGGUGGAACCCCAAGAGGCCAUAGCUAUUGUCCUGGGAUUCCUGGUGUUUGUUGCCCUCAUCAUCCUUCUGGUGUUUGCAGUCAAGACUUGCUCGCAGAUCAGGCGCUGGGGCCGGGACCGCAUUCUCUGGGAGCAAGUGAAAGUCAUAAGUGAUGGUCUACACAACAGUGUCGGGGAGUGGGUGAAAAAUGUGUCUGGUGACCCAGAGGUACUGUUGAAUGACCAUAAUGACAAAGUUGGAGGGUCCAGAGACUAUCUGAACCAACUGGACCACAGCAAGCCUCUUUACCUACCAGGAGACUCGGACAUCAGCAGCUCUGUGGGAGGCCUGAAGCCAUGGCUGAAGGACUAUGACACUGGUGCAGAGUCUGGAGAUGACCUGGAGGAGGAGGACUUCAGUGUUUUCUUUCCUUCCAUUGUGGAUGAGCAAGAACGUCUGAGCUACAAACGGGAGUUUGACCGGGAUCACCAGGAGUACAAGAGCCUGCAGGCUGAGCUGGACAGCAUAAACCAAGACCUGGCAUACCUAGACAGAGAGCUACACCGACACCCUGAGGGCAGUCCACAGUUCCUGGAUGCCAUCAAUGAAUACACCAGUCUGAAGAAUCUCAAAAAGUCCCCAGACUACCAGAUUAAGAAGAAAAGGUGUAAAUAUCUCAGGUCCAAAUUGUCGCACAUCAAAAGGAAGAUCAGUGAAUAUGACCGCCGACCUUGAAACUUCUCCUCUGAGACCCCUUCGUACAGGGAAAGUGACAAAUCUGCAAUUUUCCACCCCACUGUGUUUGAGAUUAUCACAAACCUACGUGAUUACUAUAGGUUUAUGUUAUAUCUAUAUCAAGCCUAUAUCAAGCCAAUAGACUGAGGUUUUAUCCAGAGGCGAGCAGGUGAAGGAAAUAAUUUUUUUUCUACUAUUGUAUUUGAUCAAUUCUUAGACCUCUCUAGGUUUCAUGAAGAACUAUUUGCAAAGAACAAUUCAGGUGUAUAAAAUGUUUAUGUAAUAUAAUAUAAUAUUUUUAGUUUCUCUACUGAAGUUACAAAAUGAGAAAUUUGAUAUGAGAUGCUUUUGUUUCAGUACUAGUGAUGGUACUGAGUGAAGCAGUUACUGUGCUUAUUUUCUAACUUUUUUAAAAUCAUGUUUGACGGUUUUAGAAGGCAAAGGUAAGACAAAUGAAUUUGUUUGACAUCAUUAAGUCACCAACCAUUCCUUGUAAAUAAUGUUCAUUUUUAGUCUUUAGAAACAAUUUAAAUUGUUGUGUAAUAAGCUAUUCUGUAUAUUUUUUGUGCUGUUUUCUUUAAAUGAUGGAACAUCCCUGUCCUUGAGAUUGUAAUUUCUUAUUGUAGACCUUUUCCAUGGUAUAUAUUAAAAGGAAACGCCCGAGUGUAAAUAACUGAUUAACAAUGGCACCUUUUCAUUUAGGUGUGCCAUCAACAUUUGUCUGACAUUUGUAUUUUACUGUACUAAAUUUCAGUUCUCAUUUUCUUUAUCCAAAAAUCAAUAAACAAUU